AUGGCUGAUUCUGUGGCUGCAGAUGAUCAGAAAUUCUGCUUACAGGAGGUGUUGGACACUUUCAAACUCUGCUUGACGGAGAAUAAAGAAGUGUAUCUGGAACAUUACGUGGCUGGGUGGCGUGGUCUUGUAAAGUAAGUUCCUCAGGUUCAGGUGUUUUGGCUUCUUUCAGACAUAUGCAGGUGGAUUAUGGAGCAUCUGCUGUGUUUACUUAUCAAAUGGAGGCAUAAAAACACACAUCAAAUCAGGAAAGAUCAUAAUUUUUUUGUUUAUUUCUCUACAAGGUUCCUGAGCAGCUUGGGCAGCGUCUUUGGCUUCAUUUCCAAGGAUGCAGUCAACAAGAUCAAGAUCCUGGUUGGCUACAUGGAGGGCGAGAAUGGCUCCCAGUAUGUCACCAUCCAGUCUAUGGUGAAGUACGAGCUGGAGAAUGAACUUGUGGACCUGACCAAGAGGGGAAGCCACCCAGAGUCUGGCUCUCGUACUCUCCUGAGGCUCCACCGCGCACUGAGGUGGCUGGAGCUCUUCCUGGAGCGCCUCCGUACCAGCAGCGAGGACAGUAAGACUUCUGUCAUGUGCUCAGAGUCCUACAACGAGUCCCUCGCCCAGCACCACCCUUGGGUGAUCCGCAAGACCGCAGGCAUGGCUUUCUGCGUGCUGCCGGGGCGCGCUGCUUUCUUCGAGGUGAUGAAUGUGGGCACGCCGGAGCAGGUGGUGGCCAUGUUAGGGGAAGCUCUACCUCUUAUUUCUGAGGUGUACCAGAUCACAGAGGAACUUUACACUCAGAACAACAUGCUAGAUUUACCGUAG